GGGCCUUUAAAUCGCCCGUCUGUCCCCUGAGAUAGAGAGAGACAGCAAGGAGUCACAGCGACAGAGGCUCUUCUUUGAGAAGCUGAGUAUUGUGGGAGUUGUAGUUCAUCUCUCUGACAGCAGGAUGUUUGGCUCUGUGUUACUCUGCUGUUGCUCCUUCAGUCUGCUGCAUCUAUCUUCCUCUCUGGUUCAUGGAAACAUCCCCCUGGAUGACGGUCCGGCAGCUGGGCGCCGAGCUGACACCUCCUACCUGUCUGACAUCGUAGAGAGAGGCCACGCCCAAGACCCUGUGCAUGACCCCAUCCUGCUACCUGUCGACUCGGUGGAGGACCACUUCCUGAUGGACACAGGCUCCUACGACGAGGACUCGUCUGCAGGUUUGCAGCUGCAGGGUCGGGCCAUGCGUUCUCCUCGUCGUUGCAUCCCACACCAGCAGUCCUGUCUGGGUUACCCGCUGCCUUGCUGUGACCACUGCGACACCUGCUACUGCCGAUUCUUCAAUGCCAUUUGCUACUGCCGCCGGGUGGGACAUGCCUGCCCACCAAGACGCACCUGACGACGCACCUGACGACAAACCUGACGACGCACCUGACGACGCAUCUGACAACACGCCUGAUGUCACACCCGUUUGGAACCUGGUCUGCUGACAGGAACCAUGUUGAUGCUCUUUCUAUAACACAUUUAAAAUGUGCUCUUUGUGAAUAAACAACUGUGGGUAAAACGUA